AUGCUGAGAAUAAAUGGUUGCCAAAUUGAGUCGGAUCGUACGCUCUCAUGGGUGCAAGAAAACUCAAACGCAGCAGCUGGUAAGACUGGAGAGCAAGUAGAUGAAAGAGAAAUUGACCACGAGGAUGAAAAUCCCGAAACCCUAAGCUACACGACAGCAGAACAAGAAGGAGAAAACGCACUGGUCAUUCAAAUACGAGGAGAUGAGAUGCUUCAACACUAUCUCUUGCAUCAAAAUGUUCAUGCAAUUGCCGGAGGAGAGCGGAAUAAAUGGAGGCUCAGCUUUUUGUUAUCACCAAAGUCGCCUUUUAAAGCGAGUGGAGGCGCCAAUGCCUUGGAGGACGACUUGUGGUCUGGAGCUAUAGCUUUCCCAUCGAUAACCAACGGUGUGAUUUCUUCUAGGAAACUAUGCUACAUCAUCCGAGUCGACAGGGGCUGGGACUGGGCAUGUACACUUGCAAUAACCUAUGAUGCGGAUUCCAGAACCGCAAAUGCCAUUUGUAUCGGUCUUCGCCCAUACCAAGUGGUGCUUUUGGAGAGAUAUAUCCACAAGAGAAAAGGAUGCACCGAUAACCCACUCUUUUUAGAUGGAGAUCGACAGCCAUUGGAUCUCGUCGAGUUCGCGAGCAAAUUGACGGCUUUGUCUACUUCGAUUGUUGGAGUCGCUCAGCUUUGGGCGUCACAAAGUCGAGUUCGUUUGAGUUAUAUUGAUCAGGUACUGGAGGCUGAGCGUCAGCAUAACAACUAUAACAAAGAUGUAGCACAGGCGCAAGUUCAAAUGGUCUACUCACUUACUGCUCAGCGUGAUAACGAGUUGAACCUUCGGAUCGCAAGGCUAUCAAAAUACCAGAACGAUGUCAGCCUGAAGCUCUCGCAGUUUGCGGUAUAUGAGGGUCGAUUGAACACUAGAAUGGCCAAACAAUCCCUCCAGUAUGGUACAGAUAUGCAGGUCAUUGCCGGUGUCACACUCGUCUUUCUCCCUGGCACCUUCGUCGUUACCCUCUUCAGCGCCAGUUUCUGGGACUUUCAACCAGGAAAUACUGGAAGAAUAGUGUCGGGAUGGGUGUGGUUGUACUUCCUCACGACGAUAUUGCUAACUUCAGUUGUUUUGUUUGGAUGGCAAAUAUCGUCCAGGUUGAGGAAGAAUAAGCUGGAGCUGCCGCCAGAAUGGGAUUUGCCGAUUAUUGACGAAAACAAUGAAAUAGUCGAGAAGAAAGAGGCGUAA